UACAAAACAAAAAAGAAAUAAGGAUUUACACACUUUGCAAUUUGUUGUAUAGACAAAGCCAAAUCAAACCAAAUUUAACCACUACUUGGUGGUACAUAUAUACCAAUAAAACAGAGUACCUAGGUGUAUGUAUGUCUUUGCAUAAGCUACCUUCAACGAUACCGUGUUAAAUCUCAACCUAAACGUUCGCAAAAUCAUCGUUUUGGCGAACGAUAUGCGAUGGAGCCAUAACAAAAAAAAUCAAAAAAUGAAGUGGCAAUAAGAAAAGAAAAAAAGUUGUACUUAUCGGCUUAACAUAUACUUAGGUAACCUAACUUUAUUUUGUGUACAAACAAACAGAUAGUUAUUGUUCUUGGGAAGUGAAAUGUAUUGUAGAGAAGUAAAAUACAAUAAGUGUGUUCAUAAAUAAGGACCUUCGUGCUAGUGCCAAAAUCAAAGAAAAAGAUAUUGUGAUCAACUCGUAGAACUAAACAAGCCAUGAAUUCUUGGGCAAACGAUUUUUCAGGUAUGCCAAAUCAGUUUGGUAUGCCUAUGAAUCAUAUGAUGAGUAUGAUGGCUAACCCUAUGAUGGGAAUGCUGCAGGAUAUGCCACUUGGGUCCAUGCAGACAAUGAGUGGAGGAUCUAUGCCACCUUUGAGUGCACCUAACCCAUCGGAAAACGCACCUCUCAUAGGUCCUGUGGCGCCUGAAGGCUUUGUACCUGGAAAAGGCAAUACUGAGAGUACUGAGAAGGGUUCUAAUUCUAUUUUACAACAGGAUAAGCAUCAAAAAGGUUCAAACCGUAAUGAUAACAGAAGGGAACGUGAUAUUCGUGAUAGAGACCGUAGCCGAAAGCGAUCUAGAUCACCACGAGACCGCAAUGACAGAUCGGGGAAUAGGAACAGCAGGGACGACAGGGGUCGUCGCGAUCGCCGUACCAAAUGGGACAAUAACGAUGGAAAUCCAGGAGUUAGUCAAAGUAUGACACCUGGUAUGAACAUGACUCCAGGAAUGGCCCCGGCUAUUAAUCCCGGGAUGGGGAACAUGAUGUUGGCAGGCUUGAUGAGUUUUAACAACAACAUGAUUGGUCAUGGACCAAUGGACAUGCAAAAUGCCAACAUGCAGCAUAUGGGGAACAUGGGUCCAAUCCAUAACAUGGUCCCCGGCAUGAUGCCCGGCAUGAACAUGGUACCAGGAAUGAUGGAUCCGAACAUGAUUGUAAUGCAGCAGAUGCAGCAAAACAUGGCAUUAUCAAACCAACCAAUUUACGUAGCUGACGUAGUCCUGUUGCCUCCUCUGCCUGGAGUUUCCACUCCUAAACGGCGAGAAAAACCAGGUGGUUGCAGGACUAUAUUCAUUGGUGGUUUACCCAAUGGUAUAAAAGAAGAUAUUAUAAAGGAGCUGUUUCAACGUUUCGGUCAUAUUGUUGGUGUAAAAUUGCAUAAGAAAGGAGUAUGCCACGUGCAAUACGAGAGCCAUGAAAGCGUCGAAGAGUCAUUUCUAAUGUCCGGAUGGCGCUUCAAAUAUUCUGAUCAGAUGGACAAUGAAGCCACUACUCUAUUCAUUGAUUAUGCUUUGAAUCAUGAAGACCAUGCGGAGUAUGAAAGGAACAGGCGUAGACGUGAGGCGACCCCGCCCCGCGUUGAAAUGUUCAGCCCUGCGGCGCUCACUGCCGUCAGCGAGAAGAUUAAGACUGACGAUCAGUUUGCUGAAGUGGCAUAUACGUUGGCAGUAUGGUUGGAGCGCGGAGAAUGCAACAAGAGGAACUCAAACACCUUCUACUCACUGAUCCAAGCGAGCAACAACCAAACGCGACGGCUCUUCAAUGAGAAGAUGACGUUAGACGAGGACAUUGACAAGAUGAAGACUCAACUACGCGGGAAGUUCUCACACAUCAUACUGCAGUUCGAGCACAUAUCGAAGAUUUUGACCGCGGCGAGACAUCAGCGUGUUUCGGAUCACUUCACCAAGCAGCAGAGGAGGAAUAUCGAGAUGUGGCUCAAAAUGACUGAGGAGGUGGAGAACAUGAAAGAAGAAUUCAAUUCGCUCUUCGACGACGAAGAAAGUGAAAAGCCGGGCAGGAACGCCGUGCCAUUGGAGAAAUAUGAACAGCUCAAGGCAGAGAACGAAAAUUUAGUUAUAGAGAUGGAGUCAUACAAAAACGAGGCAUACCUGGCUAAAGACGAAGCGGAGAGAAAAUUCGAGAAAUUCAAGGCUCACUACAUCGCUCAGAACGCGUUGCACGGUAACAAUAAACAGCAUAAUCAAUAUCCGCCGCUGCCGCCGCCACCCAUGCCGAGCCUGAUGAUGACACCGUCCUCUUCCCAGCAACCGAAACCGUCGCCGCUGCCCGAUGGCGACCAAAUGACUUCAGGUUACUCAGUAUCACCUUCGGAAGCUAAGCUCAUCAGUAUACUGACAGCAUUCCUACUGGUACACCCACUUGGUGCCACAUUGGAUUACCUGUUCAACUACAUUAGGUCCAUGAUGCCAAACGUCACUCGAUCAACAGUUCAGGAUAUAUUGAGGAGGCAUACCGAUGUCUACCGCAGCGUCAAGUCUCCAAUGAGCCCUGAACCCAAGUGGACUUUUGUCACAUUUGAUAUAAUUAAAAAGGAAUAGCUUUUGAGCUUAUUUAAGUUGUAAUUUAUGUGGAAUAAAAUUAAGAUUAAUUUGUGUA